AUGGACUGUAAGUUUCAGGCGUAUUUGGACAGGGCACUCCGAGACCAGUUUGUCAGUGGGUUGAAGUCGAUGAGUGUUACGAAGGAGAUAUUGUCGAAAGCAAAGGAGACCUCAAGUUUGGCGGACAUUGUGACGAUGGCAUCAGCCUAUGAAACUGCAUCGAGAGAGUCGGAACAAUUGACGGCGCAGUCCGUCCACGCCGUUCGUUCGCGCCAGUCGACGAGCAAGCCAACUCCAACUUUCAAGUCGCACGACAAGAAAUGUUUUCGGUGUGACAAGGCUGGUCACAAACCGGAAGAGGGCCGCUUCAAGAGUGUGAAGUGUCACGCGUGUGGUACGGUGGGUCACAUCGAGAGAGCUUGCCGCAAGAAGAAGUCUGGACAAACCGUCCAUCACAUCGCGGAAGAAAUUGGUGAGUUCGUUCCAUGUGCUAGUAAACCCGAUGUCACCAUGUAUAGUGUAAAUGCAAUGGGGCGACUACCGUACACUGUGUCAUUAGAUGUAAUGGGUACCACUAUCCAAAUGGAGAUUGAUACGGGAAGUGCUGUCACGAUUCUCAGCAGCGCAGAUUUCUUGCAAUGCAAUGGUGUGCUGAGUAACCUGAUGGAAUCCAGUAUCAACCUUGUGUCCUACUCUGGAGAUGUGAUUAAUUGUCUCGGGGAAGCGGAAAUGGAGUUCCGAAUGGGCACACAAUUGCACACACUAUUGGUGAGGGUUACAAAUGGAAACCGUCCAUCUAUUCUGGGCAGAGAUGCAAUGGCUUUGUUCAAACUCCCCUGGAAAUCAAUUUUCGAAGUGCACCAGGUCGAAAAGUCUGGCGCUAAAUUCAUUGAGAAAUACCCAGGGUUGUUCGACACCUCAGAAGUGGGAAAGGUGAAAGGCGUGCAGGUGAAAUUGCAUGUGUCUGAUGAGAGCCCUGUUUACCGAAAGGCAAGGCCGGUACCACUGUCAAUUCGGGAGAGCUAUGUUGAGGCUCUGAAUAAAUUGGAAGCAGAUGGUAUAAUCGAGAAAGUCACGCAUUCAGAAUGGGCCUCCCCCACUGUCACGGUAGAGAAAUCAGGAGGUGGGUUGAGAAUCUGUGGUGACUACAGUGGCACUAUCAAUCUGCAUUCUAAAUGCGAGCAAUACCCGCUACCCACUCUUGAGGAGCUAUUGCACAAAUUGGGCCCGGGGUCUAAAUUCACGAAGCUGGAUUUAUCGCAAGCCUACCACCAGCUAGAGAUAGCACCUGAAUGUCGGAAGUACACCACGAUCAAUACCAUGCAGGGGUUGUAUCAGUACAAACGACUCCCUUUUGGUUUUCACAGCGCCGUAUCUAUUUUCCAACGGGUAAUGGAAGAAACCCUUAGCGAUUUGCCAGGAUGCGGGGGCUACAUCGACGAUGUGUUGUGUACUGGUCGUGAUGAGGAGAUCCAUGAGAAAAUGUGGAUCAAGUGCUAUCUUGCCUAA